AUGAGAAGAGACGUUCGCAUCCUUCUCUUAGGCGACGAUGGUGUUGGAAAGAGCACUUUGAUCACCAGCCUCAUCAAAGAGUCGUACGUCGCCAAUGUUCAACAUGUCAUUCCCGAGGUCACCAUCCCGCCCGAAGUCACUCCGGAUAAUGUGACCACACACAUUGUGGACACCUCAACCCGGCCGGAAUACAGGGAUUCGCUGGAAUCAGAGAUCAGGAAAGCCCAUGUUAUUUGUAUAGUUUACGCCAUCGAUGAACCAGUUACAUUCAACAGACUUGGCGGACAUUGGUUGCCUUAUAUCCGGUCUCUUGGCGUCAAUGUUCCAGUAGUCUUGGUCGGAAACAAGAUUGAUUUGAGGGGCGACGAUGUAUCGAACAAGUGUCUGGAAGACGAAGUUGUCCCCAUCAUGAAUGAGUUUAAGGAGGUCGAGACAUGCGUUGAGUGUUCAGCAAAGCAGCCGCUUAAUGUGUCUGAAGUGUUUUAUUUCGCCCAGAAGGCCGUGCUCCACCCCACGGCACCCCUUUAUGACUCCAGAGAACAUGUUCUUAAGCCAGCAUGCGUGGAUGCUCUACAGCGAAUUUUCAACCUCUGCGAUCUUGACAAAGACGGAGUUCUCGACGACGCUGAGCUGAAUGAGUUCCAGAGGAAAUGUUUCAACGCCCCACUACAACUGCAGGAACUAGAGGCGGUCAAGGAGGUUGUGAAGGAGCACGAGCCCGAGGGGGUCAACGAAGUUGGUCUGACGGAGGUCGGAUUUUUGUUCCUUCACACACUUUUCAUUCAACGAGGCAGACUGGAAACGACAUGGACUGUAUUGAGACAGUUUGGAUAUGGCGAUGAUUUGACCUUAAGGGAAAGCUUUUUGUGCCCAAGGGUCGAAAUACCCCCAGACUGUUCAGUGGAGCUCAGUCCUAAAGGAUAUCAAUUUUUCACUGAAUUGUUUCAAGUUUUCGAUAAGGACAAGGACAGCGCUCUGAAAAAGAGUGAGCUCGAGGCGUUAUUCAAAACUUCUCCUGGAAACCCUUGGGCACAUACGGCAUUCCCGCAAACGACCAUCACUACUGAACUGGGCGCGGUCACAUUACAAGGAUUCCUAGCGCAGUGGAGCAUGACGACCAUGCUGGACUAUCAGUUGACACUAAGGUAUUUGGCCUACCUUGGGUUUGAGGGAGACACUACGACAGCAAUCAAGGUGACGCGACCUAGGAAAAUCGAUCGGCGCAAAGGGAAAGUCCAAAGAAACGUAUUUCUUUGUUACGUGUUUGGUGCACCAAGGUCCGGCAAGACAUCCUUACUUCGAGGAUUUUUAGACAAGCCGUUCUCAGACCAGUACGAGCCCACUGUUCGGCCAUUUGCAGUUGUGAAUUCGGUUGAAAUCAAGGGCGCAGAGAAGUACUUGGUGAUGGAGGAAUUUGGCAUGCAGCACGAGACCGAGGUGUUGCAGAAUAAGAAGCGUCUGGAUAAGUGCGAUCUUUUGUGUUUUGUCUUUGACUCGAGCGAUGUGAACUCGUUCUCCUAUGUGGUUAAUCUGCGGAAACAAUACCAUCUCGACCAUAUGCCAAGUGUGUUUGUGGCUACGAAAAGUGACCAAGACCUGGUUUUGCAGCGGCAUGAGGUCCAGCCAGAUGUGUAUUGUCGGAAUCUGGGACUUGCCUCACCGAUCAGCAUAUCUGUCAAGUCAAGGCAGAUGGCGGACCUGUUUAAUAUUCUUACCGCGGUGGCCAUGUGUCCAUCAAUUGCCACGCCGCCGGGCUUUUUGGAUGCGAAUUCAGGUACACGAAGGAUGAGGUAUCUGACAGCGAUGGGCGUUGCAGGAGCGCUGAUUGCAGUCUGUCUACUCGGCGUGCGAUUGUACCGCCACAAUGGCCCGUCUGUGUAA